AUGCCGGCGGUGUACGGUUCCCGAUUGACCACAUUCGAGGACUCCGAGAAGGAGAGCGAGUUUGGAUACGUCCGCAAGGUCUCAGGACCAGUCGUCGUUGCAGAUGGCAUGGGUGGGGCUGCCAUGUACGAGCUGGUUCGUGUUGGAAAUGAUAAUUUGAUUGGUGAAAUUAUUCGAUUAGAAGGAGAUUCUGCCACAAUCCAAGUUUAUGAGGAGACAGCUGGGUUGAUGGUGAAUGACCCUGUUCUACGUACACGCAAGCCUUUAUCAGUGGAGCUGGGACCUGGAAUUUUGGGAAAUAUUUUUGACGGAAUCCAGAGACCUUUGAAAACUAUUGCAAAAAUAUCUGGUGAUGUCUAUAUCCCACGUGGUGUGUCUGUCCCAGCUCUUGACAAGGAUAUACUUUGGGAGUUUCAACCUAAAAAAAUAGGUGAAGGUGAUCAUAUAACUGGUGGAGACUUGUAUGCUACGGUAUUUGAAAAUACUCUGAUGCAGCACCAUAUGGCGCUUCCUCCUGAUGCUAUGGGAAAAGUUACAUACGUUGCACCAGCUGGUCAAUAUUCAUUGAAGGAUACUGUAUUGGAGCUUGAGUUUCAAGGUGUCAAAAAGCAAUUUACUAUGCUUCAGAGUUGGCCUGUACGUACACCAAGGCCUGUCGCAUCAAAGCUUGCUGCCGAUACCCCUUUGCUUACUGGGCAGCGUGUUCUUGAUGCCCUUUUCCCCUCUGUUCUUGGUGGAACUUGUGCCAUUCCUGGAGCAUUUGGUUGUGGAAAAACAGUCAUUAGUCAAGCUCUUUCCAAGUAUUCUAACUCAGACACUGUGGUUUAUGUUGGUUGUGGAGAACGAGGAAAUGAAAUGGCUGAGGUUCUUAUGGAUUUUCCUCAACUGACAAUGACUUUACCUGAUGGUCGUGAAGAAUCUGUCAUGAAGCGAACAACACUGGUCGCCAACACUUCUAACAUGCCUGUGGCUGCUCGUGAAGCUUCAAUCUAUACUGGAAUCACUAUUGCUGAAUACUUCAGAGAUAUGGGAUACAAUGUUAGUAUGAUGGCAGAUUCAACAUCUCGAUGGGCAGAAGCAUUGCGUGAAAUUUCUGGGCGGCUGGCAGAAAUGCCUGCAGAUAGUGGAUAUCCUGCUUAUUUGGCAGCACGUUUAGCAUCGUUUUAUGAACGUGCCGGUAAAGUAAAAUGUCUUGGUGGACCAGAGCGUACUGGUAGUGUGACUAUUGUUGGUGCUGUUUCACCCCCUGGAGGAGAUUUCUCAGAUCCUGUGACAUCUGCAACCCUCAGUAUUGUCCAGGUUUUCUGGGGUCUGGACAAGAAACUUGCUCAGAGGAAGCAUUUCCCUUCUGUGAACUGGCUUAUUUCGUACUCCAAGUAUUCAACGGCAUUAGAGUCUUUCUAUGAUAAAUUUGAUUCCGACUUUAUCAACAUCAGGACAAAGGCACGUGAGGUGUUGCAAAGAGAAGAUGAUCUGAAUGAAAUUGUCCAACUUGUAGGAAAGGAUGCUUUAGCUGAAGGAGACAAGAUCACCUUAGAAACUGCAAAGCUGUUGAGGGAGGAUUAUCUCGCACAGAAUGCAUUUACUCCAUAUGAUAAAUUCUGCCCCUUCUACAAGUCUGUUUGGAUGAUGCGGAAUAUCAUCCAUUUCUUUAAUUUGGCAAAUCAGGCAGUAGAGAGAGCAGCUGGUAUGGAUGGUCAAAAGAUUAAUUACAGUCUAAUCAAGCACCGUAUGGGAGAUCUCUUUUACCGCCUAGUGUCUCAAAAAUUUGAGGAUCCUGCUGAAGGUGAACAAGCGCUUGUGGCAAAAUUUAAAAAGCUUCAUGAAGACUUAACGAACGGUUUCCGUGCUCUUGAGGAUGAAACUCGAUGAUUGGACUGUGAGACUUUUUAUUAGAUGGUUCAAGUUGCUGUUAUAAAUUGCUUGGUGAUGACAAUUGGAGUUACUGUGGUUUUUGUUGUGCAUGAAGAAAGGCAGUGUUAGGUUUUUGUGACGCCAUUUUUGCUUUGCUUAUGUGGCGGUUGUUCUAGUUUGGAUGUGUAGUUAUAAUCUUCAUUAUUGUAUUCCUGUCUUUCCCUUCGAGCUUUACCCAGAAUAAGAGACUAGAUUCCAUUUCUUAUGUAUUUAAGCAAUAAGGCAUUCGAGAUUUUUCAUUUUUGAUGGUUCCAAUUUGCCUCUA